UGCUCUGGGGCUUCCUUUCCACUCUGCUGGCUUUGGGGGUGUCUUGCGCUGGAGCUGUGGUGGGGAGACCCUCCAGUGUCUGCAGGGAAGGAAGGUGAGCCCCAGGGGCGGGCCGCCCCCUGAUCGCUGCCCGGUCCAUUUCCUCCGGGGUCGGCCAGGCUCCUUAUCGGGCGCGGCCAGGCGGCCAGGCCCUUAUCUCCACCCGGCCGGCAUCCUCCGGCGGUGCAGGGGGCCAGCUGGAGGAAACCGGGCCGCCGGGGGCGGGGAGAGGGCGGGCCUGGCCGGAGCCUCUCACUUUCCCUGAGGGACCCACGCUGUGGCCAGGGAGGGCUGCGGCCCUGGGGAGCCAGGCCAGAGGCGCAGAGGGAGCCGCUGAGCCAACGGGGCGGGCGGCUCACGGGCUGCAGAGUGGCUCGGUGACCCCUCAGCAGAGAAGCCAUCAGUGUCUCAGGGCCUGACCAGAACCAGAACCUAUUUCCUGGCACCCCAGGACAGAGCAGGCGACUCCUCAGGCAUUGGGACCAGCACUGGGGCGAGCGCCCCCUCGGGGUCCAUGUGCCCACCCCGGCCCCUGGCAGAGGCGGGCCCCACUAUGACCGAGAAGGCAGAGAUGGGGUGUGCCCCCAGCCCAGCGCCUGCCCCAUCCCCCCCACCAGCCUCACCUGGGCCCCCAAAGAUGGAUGAGGGGGGCUCCCCAGACUCCUCGCCCCCCAAGCUGCCCCCUGGUGUGCCCGUGAUCAGCCUGGGCCACUCCAGGCCCCCCGGGGCAGCUGUGGCCAGUGCGGGGCUGAGUGGCCUUCGGCCCCCGCUGCUGCUGCCAGCCCCGCCCCCGCUGGCCCUGCAUUACCACCCUCACCCCUUCCUCAACAGCCUCUACAUUGGGCAGGCAGGACCUUUUGGCAUCUUCCCCAGCAGCCGGCUGAAAAGGGGACCGAGCCACUGCGAGCUGGACUUGUCGGAGGGGCACCAGCCCCAGAAGGUGGCACGGCGCGUGUUCACCAACAGCCGCGAGCGCUGGCGGCAGCAGAACGUGAACGGCGCCUUCGCUGAGCUGCGGAAGCUGCUGCCCACGCACCCGCCCGACCGGAAGCUGAGCAAGAACGAGGUGCUGCGCCUGGCCAUGAAGUACAUCGGCUUCCUGGUGCGCCUGCUGCGGGACCAGGCGGCCGCCCUGGCGGCCGGGCCCACCCCGCCCGUCCGCAAGCGGCCGCCGCCCCGGGGCCCCAACGACAGCGCGCGCCGCGGGCCGGGCCGCAGGGUCGAACCAGGGGUGCGCCCGCCGCCGCCGCCGCCGCCGCCGCCCUCAGCCAGCCCCGACGGUCACCUGGGAGCGAUGGGCCGACCCAUUAAGACAGAGCAAGGUGCCGUGAGCCCCGAGGUGCGGUGACGUCGGCGGGGACGCCUCUGAGACGCGGGGCGCUGGGGACUCAGCCCGGGGCCAUCGAGAACGGGGCGCACGCUCCGCGCUGCACCUGCUUGGGAGCGAACAUCCCCCAUGGGAGCGGGACCCAGGAGGGCGGCGCAACGUGGGAAGGGGUCCCGGGGUCCGGAAGGGUGAGCGUCAGCCCAGGGACCCUCCCGCAGACCCUCUUUAUUAUAACGGUCAUCGGACCCCAGUGGUACCGCCUUUUUUUCUGGGGGCAGGUCGAGAGCCGCUGGGGAGGGAGGGGAGAGAGCCGGGACGCCCCGACGGGGCGCACCCACCCAGAGGCGCUGGUCGGCCGCCCGACCGGUUGGGCAGUGGCGCGCUAUGGAAGGCUCGGGCGCUCGUGCUUUUGUUUGUCUUUAUUUCUUUAUUUCACAUACACAUUAGCCAUUCAAUGGAGAAGCCGGAGAAUCAGGCAGAGAUGGUAUAACAGAAGCGCAGUGACGGGGGCGGGGCGGGCGGGGCGGGGACAGACGGGCUGGCUGCCUACUUGCAUUCCGCUAGGACACUGAAAACCCAGAAAACCAAACAGACAGUAAACUACCCUUGUUUCUUAUGCAUCUCAGUGCAGAGACGGGGCGGAGGGCGGAGGGGGCAGGCUGAAGGGGGAGCAAGGGAGGGACGCUAAGGGGAAGCACACCAAAUCCAUUAGUACUAUAUAUAGAGAUACUCGUAUAUACUGCGUUUCUUAGCCUAAGAAGAAACUUGUUUGACGGGACGGGCGGCCAUUGGCGGUCCGCGAUGCUGGUGCUGGUCGGGCGCACGGAUCUCCCGGGAGGGGCCGAAAGCGGGGCUGGCCCAGGCUGGCUUGCGGGGGGGGGGAGGGGAGAAGCGGGGAGGGGGCGCCCCGUGGGAGGGAUGGGGAGCAGAGGCGGGGCUGGGGUGCCCCUCGGGUCUCGAUUGGGGGACGAAAGUUCUCGUGACUUUAUUGCUCCUUUAUUUUCUCUCGCGUGUGUGUGUGGUGGUCGUGGUGGGGGGGUCCGUUCAGCACGGUCGGGGUGGGGGCGGGGGUGGGAGGGGUGGGUCGUCUGAGCCACGGCCCCUCUGGGACCCAGAGCGCGGCGUCCGCUCCGCCAGCACGGGGGUGAGAACAAGGCACUAGGUCGGCCGGCCAGCGCGGGGGGCGGGGGUGUAAGGCAGUCGACCGGGCUGCUUGGGGGUGCGGGGGCUGUCCUGGGGCGUCCAGCCUCGCCGCCGCUCCCCGGAGAGGGGCCGGGGUGGGAGUAGGGGCGGGCGGAGGGGGCUGGGGGCCGCGGCCGGGGAGUCGGGGGUGGGGAUCUACCAACUUGCCGAGCGCGCUCCUGAUAAUGCUGGUGAGGGUCAAGUUGGCGUCUGGCUCAAAGGAGGGCGCUCGGGGCGCGGGGGCGGGCGGGAGGGAAGGGGCGUUUGUUCGUUGGCGUCGACCUCUGCGGGGCAGGGCUAGGGACCCCCUCCCCCGCGGCGCCCCCCGGUGCCGGGACGGGGAGGGGUCUAGGUGGGGGGCGCGGAGCCCCGGGAGCCCCGCGGCCCGAGCCGCGCAGCCGUCGGGAGCCCACCGCUGUCCCUUUCCGUCCAACUCAGGGAUGCGCAUGUCGCUAACAAGUGCGGGGGGCCGAACUGAGUCCGAAACUGAGGCGCAGUCGUCGGGGCAGGGGGCAAGCGUACUGGAUAAUGUAAGAAGCACCAGGGGUUUAAAGUUUCAUUACCUUAAAGAUCAUUUCUCUCGUCCUUGUCCUUUCUGAUCUUGUGUUGGGGUGUUGUGUGUGUGUGUGUGUUGUUGGUUUGUAAAAGAACAAAACUUAACUGAAUGUUUCCUUCGGCCCUUCCACCAAAACCGAGAACGAACGACGAAACGAACAAAAACAAAACAUAAACAAACAGAAAAACCCCAGAUCAUCCUCGUCAACGCAUGAAAGCGAUUAAAAAAAAAGAAGAAACAAAAAAAGAAAA